AAUGACACCAAAUUGUUUUUCAGCUACACAUCUGGUCAGGCAGGUGUGUUCUCUUCCGCUGGCUGGCCAAAGAGAUACUCUGCCGGAAGCCCAGAUUACUGUUACAUGAGGUAUAACGUCGGUAGCAACAGCUUGAAAGUUGCUGUCAUGGACUUGGACCUUGGUUCAUCUUCCGACUGCUAUCCAUAUUCGCCAUACUUCCAAGUGAGAGGCUCAAACAGUCGUCAUUUCGAAAAAAGCUCCAUCACAAUCUUAACGACGGCAGUGAGUACCAAACUGUGUGGAACUCAGUCUCCUCGAUCGUAUACCACUGAUUACAACUACGUGUAUUUGUUCUUUAAUAAACCAACCGGCUCGACAAGUAGAAGAGGUUUGGUUGUUGGCUACGUCGAAUAUGGAUCCUCGUCAAGUUGGUCAAGUUGGUCAAGUUGGUCAAGUUGGUCGAAGUGGUCGAGUUGGUCAAGUUCAAGAAGUUCAGUCUCAGGCACUGCUAUUGGCGCAUCAAUCGGGAGUAUCGUUUUUGUUGCGAUCAUAAUAGGAGUCAUCUAUGGAUGUUGCAGAGCAUCUUGCAGGGCCAAUCGAGGAGCCAUCAUUGUAGCACAGCAAGGACAGACCGCACAAGCCGCCCCCAUUGUAAUUGCCAAUGUCUCUAACAAUGUAGCAACAUCCCAGGCAACUACUCUAGCACCUACAACUACUGCAGGUUACAUGCCACCACCGCAGGGUGCCCCUGGCUAUAUGUACCCACCGCAGGGUGCCCCUGGAUAUAUGCCACCACCGCAGGGUGCCCCUGGCUAUAUGUACCCACCGCAGGGUGCCCCUGGAUAUAUGCCACCACCACAGGGUGCCCCAGGAUAUAUGCCACCACCGCAGGGUGCCCCUGGCUAUAUGUACCCACCGCAGGGUGCCCCUGGAUAUAUGCCACCACCACAGGGUGCCCCAGGAUAUAUGCCACCACCACAGGGUGCCCCAGGAUAUAUGCCACCACCACAGGGUGCCCCAGGAGAUAUGCCAUCACCAGAUGGUCAAGGCUAUAUGGCGGCGCCACCGCCAUACUCGACCAGUGGUCCUUAUCAAACUGCACAAUAUCCUGGUGGAAUGCAAAAACAAUAAAGAUUUGCAAAGUACUUUAAUUUCAACUGAUUCGUGUCGUUAUUCUAAGAUUUCAAAAUCUUGCAGCCGUAUUGCUGACAAGCCAUUUUUCUUUAAUUAAGUAUAGUUCAGGUUUUCAUCUUAUAACUUUAUGUAGUGCUAGAUUCAAUUUGCAAUAUAUUUGUUGCAUUAUAGCUGCAUUGUCAGAACUAUAUAGAUUUAAUGUGUGGUAAAUGCCUAAGCAACCUGCAAGGUUAUUCACCUUCUUAAUUUUUUGCCGAAUGUUGAUGAAAUAAGCACUUGAUUGACAGAAGAUGAUUACAAGGGA